GUUUGCUUUAAAAACUGUAUGUAUAAUGGUAACAUAGAGGUGCCUAAAGGAAUAUUUAAUGAUUUAAGUGAAUAAUAGUUAUAGAAAGAAAUUUAGAUACAUAAAAAACUAGUUCAUGCAAACAUCAUUAAGUUGCAUUCUUAUUAUUAAGACAGACAACAUGUUCAUAUGUUGAUGGAAUAUGCAGAUGGAGGUUCUUUAUAUCAAAAAAAUUUAACAUUGGAUGAAGUUUAAGAAUACUUUACAUAAAUUUGCAAUGGAAUCUAUUAUUUACAUUCUAAUAAUAUAAUUCAUCGAGAUCUAAAGGUAAUACAUUGGAUUAACAUGCAAGCCUGAGAAUAUAUUAUUAAAAAACAAUGUGAUUAAGUUAUGUGAUUUUGGAUGGUCGGCUGAGGUUGGAUAUAAUAAAUAAAGAGAUACUCUAUGUGGGACUAUUGAUUAUAUGGCUCCUGAAGUUUCUUAAGGAAAAUAUUCAUUCAAAGUAGAUACUUGGUCAUUAGGAAUAAUUCUUUAUGAAAUGAUUCAUCAUUAGGUUCCUACUAUUCCAAGAAAAUAUAAUUGCCCAGAUUUAGUUCAAGAUUUGAUUGAGAAAUUAUUAGUUUCUUAAGAUGAGAGACUUAACAUUACUGAAGUUCUAUAGCAUCCUUAUGUGAAACAAGGGUAAGAGUAUAGACAAUCAGUGUUGAGUGUACAUUCGUUAAAUUUUAGCAAGUAUCAAGUGGAAGGGUUGGAUUUAUUUAAUGAAUUAGAUGUAUAUUUGGAGUAAUAAGAUAGAGCAAUAAUCAGAAUGACCGAUAUCUUUAAACCUAGGUAAUCUAGGAAAGUGGCUGAAUAAUAAGUAACAUAACAAACACCUAAAAAGAGUUUUUUUAAUACAAUACUUGAUACAUUAGGAUGUAUGAAUAGAAGUAAGAAAUAAUCAUCUGGAUGA